AUGUACAAAAGAAGUAUUUUGCUAUUUGUUUCAAAUGUUUGUUUGAUUUUUAUAAUUGCAACUAAGAACCAAUGCACAAUGCACACAAAUUCUUAUGGAUCUAACGUUACAAAUUGUUCAUAUGAGAACCUGACACAAGUACCGAAGAAUCUAUCUCACGAUAUCAACAUUCUAAUUCUUGACAAUAACAAAAUACGGAAGAUUGAAAAUGAUGCUUUCAGUAAUUUAAAACAAUUAAUUGAACUGACAAUUAACAACAAUUCAUUAGAAAGCUUGGAAUCUAAAGCUUUUAUAGGAUUGACAUCAUUGAUUACACUUAAGAUGUCUCGUAACAAUCUGGACUUUCUAGCAUAUACACCGAUCUUGUUUAGCUUUAUAGCUAAUAUAUCAGUGCUUGAUAUCAGAAGGAACAUGAACUUUUCAAAUAAUGCAAAACUGCUGACCAAUUAUCCAGACAAAGCACUUGGAGUACUUGUAAACUUAGAAACCCUUGCUAUUGAUCUUGGACCAAUACCUGUAUUUGGAGAAGGGUUCAAGAAGAUGGGUAAACUUAAGGUAUUGGAAUUCGAUAAUUGUAAAGUAGAGGUAUUGAAUUAUUCAACAUUCAUAAAUUUUAACUGGAGUAUUGAAUAUUUGCAUAUGAAUAGAUGUCAACAGUUUGUUAAAGUAGAGCCGGACACCCUAAAACCUUUUCCAAAUCUCAAAGUGUUAGAUUUGUCGGAUACUUACGUGCAUCCAAUACAGGCUUUCCAGUUUCUAAAACCUUUAGCAAAUAGUUCCAUGGAAAUGAUAAACUUUCAUCAUGUAAAUGAUGAAUCGAUUACAAACCACAGUGCAUAUAGCUUUGAAGUAAAUAUUACGAAGGAGUUGGUAAGGUAUAUACAAACAAUUUGUGUAGAAGUUCUUGAUAUUUCUAAAAACAACAUAGUAGAUUUUGAAAAUGGUUCACUUCUUACAUUCAAUCGACCUGAAUGUCUUCUGAAUAUUUCACUAUCUGAGAACCGAUUUUCAUUAUUUCAUGCACAUCGGCUUGAAAAUAUCAAACAGUUUUUCAAUAGUGCUCAAAACCUUACAAAAUUCGAGUACUCGUAUAUACCUUUGAGUUUUAUCAAUUAUCCACCUAUUGCAGUGAACAAUCUGACUAAUAUCACCGAAGAACGAGUUAUAACAUUACCCUCUUCAAUAAAAGUAGUGCAUAUGAGCCAUGUUUUACACAGCGGGCAACCAGUCUUGUGGAAAAUACCACCGAAUGCGAGUAUAUAUCGAUUUGAUGUGUCUUUCUGUGUAACCGUCGAUCAGGCAACCGCAUCAAACGGUUCUGUAAUAGAGUAUCUUGAUGUAACGGGAGUCGAUUCAAGAGUAGUUUUCGAUAAAAUACAACUGUAUCCGUUAUUUAAACUUGAAAUACUUGUAAUGAGGAGCACACGUUUGUAUAUUACAAUCAAAAAUCAGAAAAACAUUUUUACGUUUGUAUCAGGAACUGAAAAAUUAGAUAUUUCAGAUAACUUUUUGUGGAAAUUGCCUUCUGACAUAUUUGAAAAUAUGACUAGACUGACAAUCUUGAAUUUGUCAAACAAUCUUUUCAGAGCCGUUCCACUUGCUAUUACAAGGAUACCAAAUCUCAAAGAACUCGAUUUGAGAAAUAACCUUCUAACCAAUAUCAAUAGUACAUUUCAAGAAUUGUUCGAUGUUUUGUAUGCAAAACAUGGAGUGUUUAAGCUCCAUUUAGACUACAACGCAUUUGUUUGCGAUUGUACAAACUACGACUUCAUCCGCUGGCUUCAUAAAAUGAAGAAAACCAAUUUCAUAUUCGACAACAAUGGUUACAAAUGCCUUUUACACAAUUCAUCACUAACUAACACAAGUACUGCUGCUUCACAUUUUAAUGAACUUUUUGCUGGAUGUAACAACGGUAUGUGGCUUAAAGCAGGGAUAGCUCUAAUUGUUACAUUUAUUGCAAUGUUUUUUCCUUUUACACUUUUAUACAGUUUUAGAUGGCGAAUUUCAUUUUAUCUCUACAAACGUUUUAGACACACAUUAGAAAAAGGUAUCGAUGUAAAGUUCAAGUAUGAUGUUUUCGUGUAUUAUUCUGAAAGUGAUCUGUCAUGGAUUAAGUAUAUACUGAUGCCUGAGUUAGAGAGAAAAUGGGGAUUGAAAAUGUGCAUAGAACAUAGAGAUUUCCCAGUAGGGAGGCCUAUAGCUGACACAUUCGCUGAGUGCAUUGAACAAAGCAGACAUAUUAUAUUUCUUGUGACGUCUUCCUUUAAGAAUGAUAUAUGGGGACAAUACGCAGUUGAGCGGGCAAAAUAUCAUCACUUCUCACAGAAUUUACAAAAGAUUAUCGUCAUAACCAAAGGAAUAAAUACGGAGGAAAUUCCACACGAAUUAGCUGUUUUGUGGAAGGACCUUGCCUUUAUUGCAUGGCCGAAUGUCAACGAAAAAGAACUUGAGAACGUUUGGAACAAGCUUAAAUUGUGGUUAUUCCUCAAUCAUUCGAAUUAA